AAUGUCGGUAUCAACGUCACCAUCAACGCCGGAAAUGACUCGGAUCUGCCUGGUGGGUCCGGCCGCGCAGGAUGCGGCAACGCUGGCGGCGGCCCAAAGCCUCAAACUACCGACUGUGACUUCCGACACCGGUGCCGAGUACAUCGGGGAUGAUGACAGCAUCAGUACGGUGUUCGUGCUGAACGACUUCGAAGGCCCAGUUUACGACGCGAUCUAUAAAGCCAAGCAAAGAAUACUUGGUCCACCGGCCUUACAGCAGGCUGUAAGAUUUAGUGAAGGAUUAGUGUGGAACAAUCGGCCCAUUUACAACUACUGCAUGCGUGGCGUCAUUACAUGCUUCACCGGUAUCCGUAAGAAAGAUGAGCUGACCCAUCUGGUACAUUUGAUCCAUUCAAUGGGAGGUUCCAUAAGAAAGGGAAUGGACACGAAAGUUACUCACCUGAUCUGCAACUCAAGUGGUGGAGAAAAAUAUCGUUACGCAAUGACGUUCCGGUUGGCAAUCAUACGCCCAAACUGGGUACUGGAAGCGUGGAAAAAUCGUCACGAUCCUAAUUUUUCUGCAACGGUCGAAACCUUUACCAAGCUGCACCGUCUGAAAGCGUUCGAAGGACAGAAGGUGUGCUUUUUCGGUUUUCCGGAAGAGGAACAGCAACACAUGAUCGAUGUGCUCAAGACAAAUGGAGGCAUUCCAACUGAUCUGGAAGACCCUGAAUGUUCGCAUGUGGUUGUGGACGAGCAUGUCGUUCAAGCGAAACCGGAAACAAAGAACAAAAAUACACACAUCGUCAAGGCCGAUUGGUUCUGGUACACGAUCCAGGCAGGCUAUGCGAACGAGAUCGACUACCUGUUUGCCGAUUAUUUGGAAAGUAUAGCGCACACACCGGCAGUGGAUCGACGCGAUUCAUUGCCGGUUAGCUUUAACAAGCGCAAGCGGAAACGUCUGUCCCAGCGCACACCGGCGGACGGUAGCUCGACGCCGCUCGGUGUCGGUAAGCGUCGAUCGUCCGUGUCCGAUGCGGGGCUGCUGUCGGUGUCGGGCAGCUUCCUCGACUGUACCACCAGCCCGGACAAGCAUGAGAGCAGCAGCAGCAAGAAGAACGUAAUACCCGAAGCGACCAAACCAUCGAACGACGCGCCGUCCAAAACGCAAUCGAUGAGGCACAACCACUUUAUGGACUUCUUCCACACGGAAUCAAACUAUGUCGGCAUACUGGAUACGAUAGUGAAGCUUUUCAAGGAACCGCUAGAGGAGAUGGUUGAGACUGAGAAUCCGUUGCUAAACAAGUCGGAACUGCGGUCAAUUUUUGGCAACUUUUUGCCGAUACACGACGUGCACAAGCGGAUGCUGGAUCGGUUGAAGGCGAUACACGGCUGCUGGACGGAGGAUGUGCUGAUUGGACAGAUCGUGCUGGACCAUCGGGACGAUUUGCUGAAGGCUUACCCGCCGUACGUGAACUUUUUCGAGCAGAUGAAGGAAACGCUCGUGCAGUGUGAUGCGAGCAAUCCGCGGUUUCAUGCAUUCCUUAAGAUUAACCAGGCAAAGCCGGAGUGUGGCCGACAGUCGCUGCAGGAUUUGAUGAUACGCCCGGUGCAGCGGUUGCCCAGCAUUAGUUUGCUGCUAAAUGACAUAUUGAAGCACACCGGCAAAACAAAUCCGGACCACAAAAAGCUGGACGAUGCGCUGAAAGCGAUCAAAGAGGUGAUGACGUACAUUAACGAGGAUAAGCGCAAAACAGAGGGACAGAUGGCUAUGUUCGAUAUUUUCAAUGACAUCGACAACUGCCCGCCGCAUCUCGUAUCAUCCCAUCGAAGUUUCGUGUCGCGCUGCGAGGUAACGGAACUGUCCGACAAUCUCAGUGGUCGCGGUGACCCACUGGUACUGUUUCUGUUCAGCGAUACGCUCGAGGUGUGCAAAAAGCGUUCCCGGGUGUUUAACAACGUAAAGUCGCCCAACACCAACACGCUCAAUCUGACCCGUUCGUCCUGCGCCACGACGAAACCGUACAAGCACGUGAAGCUGAUGCCGCUCAGCACGGUCCAGCUGGUGGUGAACGUGGUCGAUAGUCCGCGUGCAUUUAUGCUGAACUGUCGCGACCUGUCGCAGAACGCGAAGGAUCGCCAGUACUCGUUCAACAUGGCGGAUGAGGAGCAGGAUAAGUUAAUCUACCUGAAGAGCCUUUCGAAACAGAUGGCGGAAAACGCGUGCCGGACGGAUGCGGGCCACUUUCUGAUCAACAGCACCUCGGACGAGGUGGACAUUGAUGUGAGCGACAUUAAUGUGGGCACACUGUCGAAAGCGUUCAAAAUUGCUUCCAAAACGCGCAUGAAGGUCGGUCGGGUGUUUUCGUUCAACAAAACGCCAUCGAAGUUAAAACGUACCGUUUCGACGCUGAUGCCGUCACCGUUUGGUAGCACGCAGUCCCUAACGCCCGCCUCCCAGCUGGCACAAAUGAAACUGGCAAGCUGAGGUUGGCGAAGAAGCGGCCGAAUCGAAUGGAUCAUCCCCAUCGUCGUCCACCAAGCUGGUAGCACCGAUGUCCGUGCAGCCGACGCGCAAGAACAAAAAUCCACCCAUAUCAAUUGGUACGCUGCGGCCGCUUUA